AUGUCACUACAAAAACUUCAUACAUUAACAUAUUUAUCAUUUAAAAUAAAUAAAUUAUCAAGCUUCAUAGUCGAUGGUAAUAGGUUAGAAAAUGGUUUAUUAUUAUAUAUGAAAAAUCUCAAGAAAUUUGAUUUUCAUAUUAUUAGUAUUGGAACAAAUUUUGAAUCAUCGCAUAUUAUGUCAACAUUUAAAACGACGUAUUGGUGUCAAGAACAUAAUUGGCAUGUUGGUUGUUAUUCUAACUCAGAAUAUAAAUAUUUUCACCUAUUUUCAUUACCAUUUGCUUAUAGUAAUCUGGAUCAAAUAGGUCUUAAUUUCUUUUAUGGUACAAUGAACGUUGAAAAUAUAUGGUUUGAUGAGGAUGGAAAAAAGUGCGUUGAAGAUGCACAUUACACAAAUAUCAACGGAUGGAAGAAUGUGCGUGAAUUACAACUAGUAUCAAACGAUUGCUCAACCACUCAGUCGAUUUUUAUAACAGAGCUAAUAGAUAUAUUUCAGAUAGAAGAAUUUUAUAAUUUAAAAAAAAUCACAUUUAACAGUUUUGAAUUUUCAGAUCCUGAUGAAAUUAAUUAUUCGUAUUUCAAAUUUAUAAAACCUGAAACAUUAAUCCUAAAUGAUUGUUCAAUUAAAAAUUAUAAUACAAUGAAAGCCUUAUUAUUGUUAAUGCACGGUCAUUUUAGAGAAAUGAAAUUUGACUACAAUCAACUUUCAUCAUUAAUAUUCAAUAAGCAUAGUCAAUUCGAAUUUGAUCCAAAUGGAUAUUCAAAAACGACCCCAUUUGAAUACUGUAGUUUUGAAGGUAAUGAUGAAGAUGACUUUUUUAAAAGUUGUCGUAUUGGAGAUAAUGAAGAUAAAAAUUUUGAUAUAUGUCAAGAACUUUAUGAUAUAUUCAAUCGAGUUAUUAUAUUAGAGUUAUGUGCAAGUAGAAUUGAAAACGAAUUAGAUACAUUUUCAACAAUUCUUCGGUACUUAUUUGUGAACGUAGAAGAUUUUACAUUGAAUUUAUGCGAUGAGGUGUAUAGUUUAUGUCAAAUUGUGGAAUGUAUUGUAUCUUGUAUGCACAAGUUGUCUCAUUUGCAUAUUUAUAACUUUUGGACAUGGGAUAGUGAUUAUAGUGUUAAAGAAUUUAUCAGUGAAAAAUUUAACCCGAAUCUAUUUGACAUUAAAUAUCAAGCUGAAGAUAUUCCACGACAUCCUCGAUAUAGAAUGGGAAUAUUAGAAAUUAAGAAUCGUUAUUCAUAUACUAGAUGCUGA